AUGGCGAGCGAAAAUAAAAUAAUAUGGAUGAGCAAGAUUUUUUAUCUGAUGUGUCUGCUGUUCAAUUCCGGAAGAAAUGCUGCCCAGAUAAACUAUUCCCUUCAAGAAGAAUCAAAAACUGGAGUCACUGUGGGGAACAUUGCAAAGGACUUAGGAUUUGAUCAGGCUUUACUGGAAAACAGGAAUUUGCGUAUCGUUGCGGGGACAAAGCAAGAGCUCUUUCGGGUAAAUCAUAAAGACAGCGCUUUGUUUGUGAACCAGAGGAUAGACAGAGAAGAGCUGUGCGCUAAAACCAACCCAUGUCUCAUUCAUCUGAAAGCAGUGAUAGAAAAUCCACUCGAAAUGCACCAGAUAUCAGUUGACAUUAUCGAUGUUAAUGAUAAUCCACCGAGUUUUUUGGACGAAAACUAUAAAUUGGAAAUACUUGAAUCUGCAAUGACAGGUGCACGAUUUCAGUUAGAAACAGCGCACGACCCGGAUGUAGGCGCAAACAACUUGCAAUCAUAUAAACUGAGCCAGAAUCUUUAUUUUCGUUUAGAAACGGAAGACAUGGGAGACGAAGGUAAGAUACCUGUCCUUAUUUUACAAACACCUCUUGACAGAGAGAAAAGCGCAAGACAUAACCUAAUAUUAACUGCGACAGACGGUGGCAAGCCACAGAAAUCAGCUACUGUGAAUAUUACAAUUAUUGUGUCAGAUGUUAAUGAUAAUACUCCCGUCUGUGAUAAACAAAAAUACGCAGUGACUGUGAAAGAAAAUGCCCCUGAAGGUACAUUUCUGCUCCGCGUUAAUGCUUCAGAUUCAGAUGAAGGACUAAACGGAGAAAUUGAAUACUCUUUACGGAACAAGUUCAGGAACGGAGCAUCUGAGGUUUUUGAUUUAGAUAGUUUGACGGGGGAAUUAAAGAUAAAAGGUGGGCUAAAUUUUGAGGAAAGGCAGGUUUAUGAGUUAAAGAUACUGGCUGCGGAUAAGGGAGCCGUGUCUUCGUCUACACAGUGCAAUGUGCUUGUAAAUGUUGAGGAUGUCAACGACAACCGGCCUGAGAUUGACGUCACUUCAGUAUCCAGCCACAUUCCCGAGGAUGCGCCUCCUGGGACUGUCCUAGCUUUGAUGGGAGUUACAGACCUGGAUUCAGGUAUGAACGGAAAGAUAGUUUGCUCUCUGCCUAAGGAUAUACCCUUUGACCUCAAGCCGUCGCCUGAUGGAAACUUUUAUUCUUUAGUAACUAAAGAAUACAUUGACAAAGAAUCGAAAUCGUCUUAUGAUAUCACUAUAACAGCCAAAGAUUUAGGAACUCCGUCGUUAACAUCAACAAGAUCCAUUCACGUCGAUGUCACUGAUGUUAACGACAACAGCCCCACAUUUGCUCAAAGCCCAUAUACAUUCUACGUGGUUGAAAACAACAAACCAGGAAUUGUUGUUUUCUCAUUAAGUGCAGCUGAUAUAGAUGAAGGUGAAAACGCACGUGUAUCGUAUUCAAUUGAUCGAAUUAAUUCAGACCAAACAAUGACAUCUUUCCUGAGUAUUAAUGAGGCGAAUGGUACCGUUUACUCGUUAAAGAGUUUUGAUUUUGAGUCUUUAAAAACAUUUCAAUUCUUUGUUGUGGCCAAAGACUCUGGAACUCCGUCUCUGAGCAGUAACGUGACAGUGAACGUGUUUAUUCUGGAUCAGAACGACAACGUUCCAGUGAUCUUAUAUCCAGUCAGCGCUAACGGUUCUGCUGAGGGUGUGGAAGAGAUUCCCCGUAAUGUGAACGCAGGUCAUUUGGUGACUAAAGUCAGAGCCUAUGACGCAGAUAUAGGAUACAACGGCUGGUUAUUAUUUUCACUGCAGGAAGUUAGUGACCACAGUCUCUUUGGUUUGGACCGCUAUACAGGACAGAUAAGGACCCUUCGCUCAUUCACAGAAACAGACGAGGCCCAGCAUAAACUGCUCAUACUGGUCAAAGACAAUGGGAACGUUUCACUCUCAGUGACAGCGACUGUGAUUGUCAAAGUUGUGGAGCCCAAAGAGGCUUUUGCAGCUUCUGAUGUGAAAAACACAUUAAAAGACGAGGAGGAAAACAACGUGACAUUUUAUUUGAUCAUCACUUUGGGCUCAGUUUCAGUGCUUUUUGUCAUCAGCAUCAUCGUGUUGAUUGUAAUGCAGUGCUCUAAAUCGACAGACUAUUCGUCCAAGUAUUUACAGGAUUCAAAUUACGACGGAACUCUGUGCCACAGCAUCCAGUACAGAUCUGGAGACAAACGACCACUCGAUGUCACUGUUGCUCUAGUAUUUGUGUAG